CAGAUGGAGUUCCUGGGUCUUUGUUUACGAGACAUCCCAAAACCAGAGGAAACGCGUUUCUGCUCGCCCGUGAUCGGAAGCUGAAACAGGGGACCAGACGCUUGUGUUUCGGCGAGAAUCGGGUGGGAUCCAAACAGGGUAUUACCCGCGUGGUAGAAGUCGAGACUCGCAGGAUCAUCGUCACGCCUUCACAGCCCGGGAUCGGACCAGGCUGGGAGCGGCUGGCCGCAGCGGGACGAGGGGCUGGGUUGAGGGGCUGCGGACGGUUCCCAUGUCAGCCCGUAACGGGUCAGCGAGCGAUGCAGAGUGCCGGAUCUCCGAGGAUGGCCCCGCCCUGGAGGACGUGGAGCUGACGGAGCUGGGACCUCUGAUGGAGGGGGUCACAGCGGAGGCCUCUGCCCUCCCUGAUGAUGAGGAGGAUGAAGAUGAAGGGGGGCGCGGGAUGACCCUCCCCCUGCAGGCUCACCACGCGAUGGAGAAAAUGGAGGAGUUUGUGUACAAGGUUUGGGAAGGCCGCUGGAGGGUGAUCCCAUACCACGUCCUGCCCGAGUGGCUGAAGGACAACGACUACCUGCUCCACGGGCACCGCCCGCCCAUGCCCUCCUUCCGCGCCUGCUUCGGGAGCAUCUUCCGGAUCCACACGGAGACCGGCAACAUCUGGACACACCUGCUGGGGCUGGUCCUGUUCCUGUUCCUGGGCACGCUCACCAUGCUGCGGCCCAACAUGUCCUUCACCGCGCCCCUGCAGGAGAAGGUGGUGUUUGGGACGUUCUUCCUGAGCGCCGUCCUGUGCCUCAGCUUCUCCUGGCUCUUCCACACCGUCUACUGCCACUCCGAAAAAGUCUCCCGCACCUUCUCCAAGCUGGAUUACUCAGGCAUCGCUCUGCUGAUCAUGGGCUCCUUCGUCCCCUGGCUGUACUACUCCUUCUACUGCUCCCCUCAGCCACGCCUCAUCUACCUCUGCAUCGUCUGUGUGCUCGGCAUCGCCGCCAUCGUCGUGGCCCAAUGGGACCGCUUCUCCACCCCCCGGCACCGGCCCACCCGAGCAGGAGUCUUCAUGGGCCUGGGACUGAGCGGGAUUGUACCUACGAUGCACUUCACCAUAGCCGAGGGCUUCGUGAAGGCCACCACGGUGGGCCAGAUGGGCUGGUUCUACCUGAUGGGCGCCAUGUACAUAACAGGAGCUGGGCUCUACGCCGCCAGGAUCCCCGAGCGCUACUUCCCCGGGAAGUGUGACAUCUGGUUCCAGUCUCACCAGAUCUUCCAUGUCCUGGUCGUGGCCGCAGCCUUCAUCCACUUCUACGGCGUUUCGAACCUGCAGGAGUUCCGUUAUGGGCUGGAAGGGGGCUGUACUGAUGACACGCUGCUCUAAGGGGGGCGGGGGGGGGGGGAGAGGGGCGUGAAGGAAGGCCCGCCCCCUCCUGGGGUUCCGUUUCGGUUUGGGACAAUCAAAUAAAGGGCGACCGAUUGUCGAAACAGGGGGAACAGAUUUUAAAAGUUGUUAACUCUGUAAAACUAAUAUAAAUGUAUAUGUAUAAGGAU